ACGCGCGCACAGCGAGGGAGGGUCUCCGCGCGCUCAGUUCUUCAGUUUCAUUGACUUCUUCUGAAACUCAGAUGAAACUUUAGUUUCAGAUUUUUCAGAUUUUCAUCAGUUUCUUUCUUUCAGCUUCGCCUCUUUUUCUUUUUUUCUGUCUGUCACACAAUCCAGGAGCCUCGUGCGCCUCCACUGACUCCUUCAACCGGCCGGUUCCAAGCAGGAGACGGUUAACGGUCCGAGGAGCAACAGGAGGUUUCCACCACCGAGUCACACCGGGGACCUGAGGGGUUUAACAGGGAGUUUUUAACAACACACUUUGGUUAUUCGACUUCCACUGCCCGUUACUGCUUCAACAUCUGCCCACUGGACCCAGAGACUGACCCGGGAUAUCUGCCCACUGGACCCGGAGACUGACCCGGAAUAUCUGCGUCUGUCCUCCAUCAUGCGUCCCUGCAGCCUGGUCCUUGUUCAGGUCCUGGUCCUGGUCUAUCCUGCAGCAGGGUACAAUCUGGAUCAGGAGCACAGUCUGGAGUUCAGUGGUCCAUCUUCCUCCAUGUUUGGAUACUCAGUCCUGCUGCAUCGCCACAAAGCCCACAGCUGGUUGGUGGUUGGAGCCCCAGUAGCAAACUCGUCCUCCAAUACGGCAGUUCAUUCCCCAGGAGCUGUUUACCGCUGCAACAUCACUGCCGAGUCCCGCCACUGCCACUCCAUGCAUGCUGAGGUGCAGCAGUGUGGGAAGACUUGUGAUGCAGAGAGUGAUCACCAGUGGCUGGGAGUCAGUCUGUCCAGACAACCUGGAGACGAAGGACACAUCCUGGCGUGUGCUCACCGCUGGAAGAACGUCUUCUACUCAAAGAAAGACGGUCAGAACCACAAGCUGCCUAAUGGAGUCUGUUAUCGUUAUGGCAGUGACCUCAGACAUGCCCAGCCCAUCAUCCCCUGCUACAGAGACCACCAGAGGAAGUUCGGUGAGGAUUAUGGGUCAUGUCAGGCCGGUAUUUCCAACUUCCUGACAGAGGAUCUGAUUAUAAUGGGGGCUCCAGGGACAUCUUAUUGGACGGGUUCAGUUCUGGUCUUCAACACGUCCAGCAGAGGAAUGUCAGUGUACUUGGAUGACGAUGCCGGAUCAGUCAGCUUUGGAAGCUACCUGGGUUAUUCUGUCGGAGCUGGUCACUUUUUGAGUCCUGGUAGUAUGGAGGUUGUGGGUGGAGCUCCGCAGUACAAUCAGAAAGGCAAGGUUUUCAUCUUCGCAGUAGACAACACAAUGCUGCGAGUCAUCUCUGAAGUGUCUGGAAAAGAGCUUGGAUCCUACUUCGGCUCCAGCCUUUGUGUGGUGGAUCUUAACGCUGAUGGUCUGUCGGAUCUGUUGGUUGGCGCUCCCAUGGCCACAGGCAUCACCAGGGAGGAGGGAAGGGUUCAUGUGUACAUCAACCAGGGGCAGGCACAGCUGUUGGAGGCAGAGUUUCAGCUGACUGGCAAUGAUGCCUAUGCCGCCCGAUUUGGAGAGACCAUUGCUGACCUGGGAGACCUGGACGAUGACGGUUACAACGAUGUGGCGAUUGGUGCCCCACAGGAGGACGAUCUAAAAGGAGCUGUCUACAUUUACAACGGCAGGGCGGAGGGAAUCUCAUCAACUCCCUCUCAGAGGAUUACUGGAUCCACUCUGCAUCGUGACCUCAGGAUGUUUGGCCAGUCGCUGAGCUCUGGCAUUGACAUCGAUGAUAACGGCUACCAGGAUGUGGCGGUCGGUGCGUUCCUUUCUGACUCGGCUGUGGUUCUCAGAACCCGUCCAGUGAUUCAGGUGAAGGCGUUUCUGGCUCUGCCCGAGCAGAUUGACCAGCAGGUGGCCCUGUGCCGAGAGCACAAGACUCCAACUGUGUGCCUCAACGUUACUGUCUGCUUCAGCGUCAAGUCCAGACACUACAAAGGAGCUAUAGAUCUUCAAUAUAAUUUGACCUCUGACCUACUCCAUAAACCAUCCUUCCCGCAUCGUUUCUAUUUCCAUGGAAAUGGGUCAUCCAACAGCACAAAGGGGCGUGUGAGAGCGCGACAUGGCCAGCUGACUUGCACAACACACGUGGCUUACCAAAGGAAAGAUGUGAGGGACAUUUUUACUCCAGUUAAGUUUGAGGUUUCCUACAGUCACAGAGAAACAAACACCCACAGAGGCUCCUCCAAAACCUUCCCUCCAUUGAAACCCAUUCUGCAGCAGAGUGCAGGACACCAGAACACCAUCACCAACCAGACUUGGUUCGCUCGUUCCUGUUCACUAGUGAACUGUUCAACCAACAUGCAGCUGUCAGCUCAACUAGUGCUGCCACAUGAGCAGGAGUACUUUGCUCUCGGCUCUGGACAGACCAUCAUGUUGAAAACCUCUCUAUUGAACUCCGGAGAUGACGCCUUUUUGCCGCGACUGACACUGCGUUUUCCCAACAACAUCCACUACAUUAAAGUACUUCAUAACGACGACAAUGUGGUCAGUUGUGAUGUCACACAGGAAGUCAACAGUACAACAGCAGGUGUUGACUGCAGCGUCACCAGCCUCCUCCUCUCAGCCCACGCCCAGUUGAAUAUCAGUUUCCUAUUGGACGUCAACCAGAACAGCACACCUGGUGACAUCAUCAUUCAAGUCAAAACCAGCAGUGAUAACUAUGAGAGGGAGGAGUAUCUUCGUGACAACUCCAUGAGUCUCCUUCUUCCUCUGAAAUAUGGAGUCAACGUUAACAUCCACGGUUUUGUGACUCCCACCACAUUUGUGUUUGGAGAUGAAGACACGACUCCAGUCGACUGCUACACUGAAAGAUUCAACUACACAUACAAGGUGUUAAACUCAGGUCCCAGCAGGUCUGUAGACACUGUGGUUGACAUCACGCUACCGAAGAUCCUCACACCUUACAGGCACAGACUGCUGCAGGUGGUCGACUGGCAGUCAUCUCACGGUGUGUGUUCGAUUAGUGACACAACCGUUAAAGUUGAGAAGGAUUGCCAGAAGGUUCCCCAAGCUUCCUUCAUCAAACAGCUCAUCUUCUUCUUCUCCUCCACCUCCACCCGCAGAAUGUUUUGUGGUCGUGGUGAUGAGCUGUGUGAGCGGUUGGUGUGCCAUCUCGGUAACCUGGAGGCGGGGAGAGAAGCUUUCAUCCAGCUGGAGAUCAGAGUGAACCCUGCUGUACUAUUGCAAGCACCGGGUCGUCAUGGUGUGAUGAAGUUGGAGAGCACAGCAAUGAUGUCAAAUCCAAGAGCAAGUAAUCACACCAUCCUCAUCCAUGAACAACCUGAAGCACAGGUGGUGGUGGAAGCUCUUUUUACCCAGAAACCCUCAACAACAGUGAAAGUCUUCAUAAUUGUUGUCAGUUUAGUUUUGGGUCUAAUGAUCCUGGCUGCUCUCAUCUGGUGUCUGUGGAAGGCUGGUUUCUUUAAACGGGAGUUCCAGAAGAAGAAGGAGGAGGAGGAGUUCAAGAGAGACAGCUGGGACUAUGUUCCUAAAAACGAGAGCACUUCAUAACAUCUGGCUAUGACCUCUGACCUCCAACCACAGGAUGGAGUUCACAUUGUGACUGUGCAACAGUUUUAACGAGACAUGUGUGCUGAUGGAUGGAUGGAGUGCUGCGUAUGAAAAAUAUGGCAACCCAAUUUGUCCAAAACAUCAUCGGCUAAUGAAAUCUGUCCAGACUGAGUCAGCUGGUUUGAACACAGAUGGACGUGACAAGACGGAUGAUAAAAUGUCUCGAGUGAACGCCUCCUGAACACACCUCAACCUGAACGUGCCUUUUAAACUAUUUUUCCUGGAGUUCAAAGAUUUCUCAAAGACUGCAGCGAUGGAUGGAGGAGCGAUAAAAAGGGAAGUGAACCUGAAACAACCAAUUAGAAGGCCUCGGAGCUUCCUGGGAUGUGGCAUCAGUUAUUGAUGACCUUGAAUUUGACUCUUUGAAGAGGAAACAAACCAAAGGAAGUGACUUUCUGAUGACCUUUAACCUCAGGGGAUGGAAACCCAGCCUCUGAUUGGUUCAUAACUCUCUUAAAAAAACCUCUGUUUUGUCUGUGUACAUUAUAUUUCAGCAUGUUUUUUUACCUGCUGACCAACACUUUAAGCACUGGUGACACACACAGAGCAGACACACCUGCUGUGUUGCACUAUUUGUCGGCCGUAGCACACACACCAGAUGCAGGAGUUUUACGAGUGUUUCAAUGGACGCCAAACACCAUCACUGUGAUUUUGCCCUUCAGCCUGUUUUCACUCUGGGAUUUAUUAUUUAAAGAUUUUCUCUCUGUAAAAGCCCAGUUGGUGAUAUUUCAUGUCAGAAUCACUUCAUUACAGCGGAGUCACAUUAUCGAUGGAUUUGCUGAAGUAAAUCUGCAGGGUUUUUUGUGUUUCACUCAAAUUUGCUUCUCUUUCACUUUCCUCCGAGGAAACCGAUAUCAUGUGACAUCAAAUACGGCUUGAGUAGUUUUUGGAAUCAAGACGUACAUUUUUAAUUUAAGAGCGCUUGUCAAGACACUCAAAGGCCCUGACCACAUGUAGAUGGAGAUUUUUUUUUUAACAUUUAUGUUUGUUUUACAUAUAGACUGAAUAAGGAAUGGACGUCUCCACUUGAACAAAAAGCGUGACAAGAACUAUUUGAAUGACAGUAACCUUCUUUAGAAGAAAAUUAUUUUAACUUUACUUUGAGUUCUUACUUUUGCUCCUGUCCCUUUACUCACAUAGAGGGCGGGACUUACCUAAAACCUGUACUGCAGCCUGCCACCAGGGGGCGAUGUCCUCCAUCUUUAUUUACAGUCUAUGGUUCUAUCUGAUACUCUGGAUUUUCACAGUUCCAGUUGCUUUCAGUUGGCGAAGCUGGUCUUCAGCCAAUCAGCAUCUUGCAAUGAGGUGGAACGAGGGAAAGGACAGACAGUCACAAAGAGCAAACACAAAUGAUGAUCUCACGUGAUAGGAUGGUCUUACCAGGCUUCAGUUUCAAUGGAACUGAUCUUAGACCACCUUAUUCGAGUGAGUUCAGGUAUAUUUUUUUGGUUUGUAAAAAGCAAUGUCAAAAACGCUUGGAUUUGAACUCAGUAAACGCAGUAAAAGAAGCAACUUGUUGGGUGACAGAGUCGGCAGAGCCACAGGGUUGAGUAAUGGAAGACUACUUGAAGAAAUGUCUGAUAAUUUAUGAAUAUUGAAAAACUCCAUUUUUAUUGUCUGUAUGUUGUGAAUGCAGACAGUUUAACCAGCUGCCGCCC